AUGGAAGGACUACUAAAAGUUGAAACUAUUGUUAAUAAAAUUGCCAGUUGUUUGAAUACUACUGAUUAUCUUAAUUUUCAAAGAUUGAAUAAAGACCUUUAUAACAAAACUUUAUCAGGUAAAAAUGAUCAGUUAUAUUGGAGUAGUAAAUUGGUUUUAAUGGGUUUAAAAGCUCAAGAUGCAUCUACAGUUGGUGAUUCUAAUAAAAGUCUUAAAACUGAAGAACGCAGUUCUGAGUCAGAUCUUAGAAGUGAUACAAUUUUUGAUACAAUUAAGGAAUUUACCAAAGAUGAAAGUAAGAAUGUAUAUAGGUCAUAUUUUAAUUGUUUUAACAUCUAUUGUGUUAAAUUACUACAUGGUAAUAUGUCAGGUUUGUUUGUAAAUGAGUUUGAACAAGAUCCAUUGAUUCAAGGUAAAAUUAUUCAGAAUUUAUUUCUUUAUAAUGAGAGUAAUAGUAGUUGUUUCGUGGAAUAUUCCAAUAUUAAAAGUCAAUUGACUAUAUUGAAAGAUAUAUUUGUAAAUAGUGCUUUAAAGGAAGCUGAGAUAUCUUACAAUGAAGGAAAUUUUGUAAACGUUGGAAAAUUUAUUAGAGUUCUUUUAAUUUUAAAAGAAAAUAGCACAGCUUUAGAGUUUAUUAGAUCAAAAUACGAUAUUGAAGCUGAUGUUUCAAUUGAUGAAAAGAUAUUUACUGAUGAAGUUAUAGAAGGUAAUGAGAAUAUUGAAAAUAGCUUGGUUGAAGUUGAAAUAAAUGCAGAAACUCCAGAAAUAGGGGUAGAUCUAAAUUUAUCUCAGUUGGAGAAACAAUUAAGUAUAAUCCAAAAAUAUUUCAAUGAUAAAAUUGAAAUUAUUGAUACUGUUUUUGAAGAUAAAUAUACUAUAGUUUUAACGUUUGCAGAAAAUUUAAUGCAACGUGUUGUUGAGUUAAUCUCAUCUUUAAUUACUGUUAAGGAAAGUAGAUUAAAAAAUUUACCUGUAAUUUACCAAAAUAUAAAGAAGUAUUUGGUUGAUGACAUUAAGACAUCUGUUAAUGGAGGUGAAGAAUUUAGGAAAUUAGUUCUAGAGUUUUUAAAUCUUUACAUUAUGGACAAGGUUUUAUUGUAUUUUGAAUUUAUCCCCAAUUAUUUGCAUUCAAGGUUUGAUAAUAUGAUUAGUGGUAGUGUUGAUAACAGAAAUAAGAAAGAAAAGUUGGAAAGUGAAAAUAUUAUUAAUGUUCUAAAAAAUGAAGAGCAAGAGACUAAAGAGGUAAUUGAAGAAAAGCAUGAUUUAUUGAGAACUUUUAAUAAGAUGUUUAAAAUCAAUAGUAGUGAUAAGCAAAAAGCAGAGGAAAAGCUAAAAUUUCAAUAUAACCUUAACGUUUUAAGCAGUAAAUUAGUUAAUAUGAACUCUUUAGUCGAUUUGGACCUGUGUGUUAAGAUUAUUCAAGAAGGUAAAGAAUCAAUUGAAGAUAUGUAUGUUUUUCAUGAUAUUGAAGUUGUUAAUGCGUCUCUCAGUAAUAAUUCUCAGAAAGUCUUUAGAGUUGUUGUCGAAGCGGUAGGUGUAAAGCAUUUAAAACCAGCGUUUAAAGUAGCGUUGGAACUAUUUCGCAACUAUAAUGAGUAUGAUCCUAAUGAUAUUUCUUAUUCUAAAUCUGAUUUAAAUAAUAAAAUAAAUCCUCUUUUGGAAUUUUUGCAGCUAAUUAGUAUCGGAGAUCUUGUCCUUCAAAUGGUAAGUAUAUUAUACAAAAAAGAGAUACGAGAUAAGAGUUUUGUAAAACAAGAAGAGGACUUUCUAAAUAGUACAGUUCAUUGCAAGAAGAAUCUUGAGUUAAUGGUUGAUGAUUUUGUUGGGGAAGGAUUAAAUAUUGGUCUAGGAAAUAUAAUGAAGGAAGUAAGGAGGAUUUUAUUGGAUGAAGAGCAGAGGGAUUACAUUCAAGCAAAUGGAAUUGGAGGGGAGAUCAGUGAAAGUUGUGGGUCUCAAGAAGUAGUGAAGGUGAUUCGAAAGCAUUGUAGGUUGUUAAAAGGAGCUACGGACAAAGGAACACUUGAAGUUUUCCAGCAAGAGAUAGGAGAACGAUUAUUUCGAGAGGUAGUUGAGAUGAUCAAAAACAGUGUAAUUAGUACGGAUGGAGCAGUUUAUUUAAUCAGUGAUUUGAACUAUUACUUUGAGUUUGUUAGUAGUGAACUUCGACAAAGGCGAUUGGAGCCGCUAUUUGGAGGACUUAAAAGUGUGGGACAGAUAUUUAUUGUAUCAGGAAAGGAUUCGAAGGAUCUGGGAAAGAUGAUAGGAGAGGUUGGUAUGUUUGGUGGAAUAUUUAGUCAAGAAGAGAUAUAUGAGUUUGUGCAACGUCGAGAGGACUGGGUAAAGGUUCGAAAGGAGGUUGAGAAGGCAAUGUAUGGAUUUGGAGCAAAAGAUUGUUCUGUUAUGUAA